AUGUCCUCAGGAAAUGCAAAAAUUGGGCAUCCUGCUCCCAACUUCAAAGCUACAGCUGUUAUGCCAGAUGGACAAUUCAAAGAUAUCAGCCUAAGUGAUUACAAAGGAAAAUAUGUUGUGUUCUUCUUUUACCCUCUUGACUUUACUUUUGUGUGUCCCACGGAGAUCAUUGCUUUCAGUGAUAGAGCAGAAGAAUUUAAGAAACUUAACUGCCAAGUGAUUGGAGUUUCUGUGGAUUCUCACUUCUGUCAUCUGGCAUGGAUUAACACACCCAAGAAACAAGGAGGAGUGGGACCCACGAACAUUCCCUUAAUAUCCGAUCCCAAGCACACCAUUGCUCAGGAUUAUGGAGUCUUAAAGGCUGAUGAAGGUAUCUCUUUCAGGGGCCUCUUUAUUAUUGAUGAUAAAGGUACCCUUCGCCAGAUAACAAUAAACGAUCUUCCUGUUGGCCGCUCUGUGGAUGAAGUUCUGUAUGAGCUAUGA